AUGAGGCCGCACAAGCUGCAGAACUGGUACCAGGUGCUGUACCAAUGGCUUCCGCGGCACGAGUCCAUCCUCUUCUCCAUCCUCCCGCAAAUGGUGGCGGCGGUCGGCUUGUCGGUCUUCUGGACGGUGCUGGUCAAGACAACCGAUGCCUCGCUCUCGGUGCCCAACUCUGCCCAUAGGGCCUUUGGCUUUGUCCUUGGCUUCCUGCUGGUCAUGCGGACAAGCAUCUCGUAUCAGCGGUAUACCGAGGGCUUCUCGCAGCUCGGCGCGCUCGGCAAAGUCGUCCGCAACGUGACACGCGAGGUGGCGCUGCUCGCUGUGGGCGAGGACGACGCCCUUGUCGGGCGGUUCACUCGCUACGCCAAGCUCUUUAUGGUCCUGGUCAUGAUGCACCUGCGGAGCGAGGUCGAUAUCACCACACCCGGCUCGCUCGUCCACACCCUCGUCUCUCCCGACGAGCUGACGUACCUGGCGACUCGCAAGCGUCGGCCGCUGUUGGUCGUCGGCUGGAUGUCCAUCGAGGUCGCCGUCCUCAAGUCCAAGGCCUUUAUCUCGGAGCGUGAGUACCUGCACAUCAUGGCGUACAUGGAGAGUAUGACCUCCGAGUUUGUGGCGUGCACCAAGGUCAAGGCCAUGCCGCUGCCGUUUUGCUACGCUCAGAUCUUCUUUGUCUCGCUCUGCUUCUACGUCUUUACGGUGCCCAUGGCCUUUGUCGAAGACUACGGCUGGGCCACACCUGUUGUCUCGGCCUUUGUCUCCUUCACCAUGUUUGGCAUCUGGGCCGUCUCGGUCCACAUGGAGGAGCCGUACCUCGACUUUCUGCACGUUCACGAGACCGUGCCCAUGACCCGCAUCCUCCACUCGACCAUUCUCGACGUCGACGCCAUCACUCGCCAGAUCACCGAUUGGACGUACGGCGCGACCCGCCACCGACUCGACGCCCCGCCGCACCCGCUGCACGGCAGCGUCGCGUCCGAGACUCACCUCGCUGUCCCGGGCGCGUCGGUCACUGCAUACGACAACCAGGCGGCGAACGCCUCGCACACCGCCGCCGCCGCCAUCUCGGGCUGGGCAGACAGUCUGCACAAUGACGAACAUGCGGCGAUCGAGCAUCGCAGCUCGGACAAGGUUGCGUGAGUGCUGGGAGCUCACUCUUCCUCUUCUUUGUGUUUCCAUUUUAUGUCGCGUAGGUCGUGCACUCAACUCAGCGCAUCUUGUACUCCAUGGUCUCGACGGUCUCCUGGUAGCGGCCCUUGUGCUCAAAGGAGAGGGCAAUGUCGAGGUCGCGCGGGUUAGUCGCGUUGGGCGCGACCGAGACGGUGCCGGUGAUGAUCUCUCCGGUCGAGACCAUGAUCUCGCCAGCGUUGGCAUAGAGGACGGUCGACUUCCAGUGGGUGUAGGGCGCGUCCGGGCCGGUGGAGAAGGCAACCGGCUUGUGGCACGAGGAGAACUCGCAGUCGAACCACGAGACAAAGCCGUGGCAGUAGUCGUCGCGGGUGACCUUGAGAGCAAAGUCUGCGGAGAAGGUGAGGUCGUCGACGGUCACGGUCUUCAUGUCGAGGACCUUGAAGGGGAAGGCCUCGGUGACGACCGCGGCCGGGUCGACCGUGUCGACGAGCGGCUCGACGAGCGCGAGCUCGCGGAUGCACGACAUGUCAAAGCCGUACACGUUGUUCCAAAAGUCGAGCUUCUCGCGCUUGUACUCACCGUCCUCGAGCGCGGCAAUGUACAUGAUGGCCUUGUCCGGGAGGAUGACGCCGUCGGGCGCAAGCCACUUGUCGCGGGCAAAGAU